AUGUCAGUAUCUUUACAGAAUACUAACUGUAUAGUCUAUACUCAAAUGACAAGUUUAAAAGUAAAAACACUUUUAAAAGCUUUCUUGUAUUAUAUUGUGGGCCCAAUAAUUCUGUAUUAUUUAUUCUUUUGCUUCCUACAUUAUCAAGAAAAUUUAAUAAAAGUACACCAAAGAAUCCCAAAAAUAACAGAAAAAAAUCCAUUAUAUCGAAUAUAUACGAAAAAUAAUGAUACUGGAUAUUUAAAACAUGUUUUUAUUGUAUUAGAACGUUUGGGCUUUAAACGAACUUAUGAUGCAUUUAAUUGGGACUUACUGUGGGCACAUGAUUAUCCAUUUAGGAGUUUAAGUUCUGAUUUAAGUAAAUUAAAAGCUCAUCAACGCAUUAAUCAUUUUCCUGGUUGCGGAUACAUUACGAACAAAGUAGAUUUAUCAACGACAGAAUGUCGCUAUAUGUUACCAGCUUUUAAAAUACCAGAACAACGCGAUAAGUUUCUUUUGUAUGCUGCUCAACAUCCUGAAAAAACGUUCGUACAGAAAUCAAACGAUCAUCGUGGCAUAAGCGUAAAAAAUGUGAGCAAUAUAAAUGUUACAGAAACUGGAUCUUUUGUACAGGAAUUUAUACAGCGACCAUUUCUUGUAGAUGGAUAUAAAUUUGAUAUUGGAGUAUACACCGUAAUUACAUCCGUCGAUCCUCUUAGAAUAUACAUAUACAAAGGUGAUGUUCUCUUUAGAUUUUGUCCUAUAAAAUAUUACCCAUUCGAUUCUGAGAUUUUGGACAAAUAUGUAGUUGGUGAUAAUUAUUUGCCAAUUUGGAAUGUUCCAUCUUUGAAGCAUUAUUAUACUAAAUUAAAAUAUUCAAUGAAAGAUUCAUUUGAUGCUUAUGUACGUUCGCAAGGAAAGGAUCCUGAUAAAGUUUGGAAUGGUAUACGUGAAGCAAUCAAAGAAAUUAUCUUGUUGAAAGAAAGUUAUAUCAUAGAAGCAGUAAAACGUUUCAAAAAUAGCAGAAAUUUUUUUGAAUUAAUUAGAAUUGAUUUUGCUCUUGAUGAAUAUUUAAAUACUUAUAUCAUGGAAGCAAAUAUGUCUCCAAAUUUAUCUUCAGCACAUUAUCCACCAAACCAAUUACUUUAUGAACAAGUUAUAUACAAUUUAUUUUCUUUAGUUGGUGUAGGUCAAAGAAUCAGGAAAGACUCUCUAAAAAUAAGAAAUGUAAUGGAAGAGCAAAUGGAAGUAGCUGACAAAAAUAUAAUGGUUUUACCAGAACUUUGCAUGGAAUGUAAUGAUUGUUUCCGUGUAGAAUGUCAAUUAUGUAGUCCCUGUUUUAUACCUGAAAUUAAACUAAUUUUAUCUCAAAGUUAUUUGGAACAUCAAAAUAAAAUGGAUUUUCAAAGAAUCUUUCCACCUCUUAUAACAAAAGAUAUGGUAUUGAAAGAUUAUACAUUAAAAAAUCAAUUACUUGUUAGAUGGUAUCAAGGCAAAUGUGAAUUAGAUCAUUCAUGGUGUUCAUAA